UUGACUAUUCUAACCUCCCUAUUCAUGAAAUCUUCCCUGAAAUUUAUGUAAACGGACUGCUGAGUGUGAGAACUGAGAUCGACCUAAAACCCUUGUGUGGGAGCGAGAAUUGCAGAGAAAAAUGGCGAAGAUCAUCACAAUCUUCACCUUACUACUUCUCAUUUCAACACAUUCUUUCUCCCUCUCACCAGAAAACCCUAAAAAUCGCCGGAUUUUAGUUCUCGUCGAUGAACUCGUCAUCAAAUUUUCUCACUCAAUCUUCUUCAAUUCACUUCAGUCUCGCGGUUAUCAGCUCGAUUUUCAUCUCUUCGAUGAUCCUAACAUCUAUCUACAGCGUUACGGACAGUACGCGUAUGACGGUCUCAUCAUCUUCGCUCCAAACGCAGAUCGUUUCGGAGGAUCCAUUAAUCAGGCGGCUGUGCUUGAAUUUGUUGAUUCUGGACGUGAUUUGAUCGUUGCGCUUGAUGCGAAUUCGUCGGAUUUAAUUCGCGACAUUGCGACUGAAUGUGGUGUCGAAUUUGAUGAAGACCCUGCAGCAAUGGUUGUUGAUCAUACAAGCUAUGCAUUGUCAAAAACGGAAGGUGAUCAUACACUGAUUGCCAGUGAUCACUUUAUAGGAUCAGAUGUAAUUUUAGGGAGCAAGAAAAUCGAGGCUCCAGUUCUUUUCCGGGGAAUUGGUCAUACAAUAAAUCCUUCUAACAGUCUUGUGUUGCAAGUUCUCUCAGCUUCACCAGCUUCCUAUUCUGUCAAUCCUGCGUCCAAGCUAUUAAAUGCCCCAACACUUACUGGAUCCAGAAUCUCAUUGGUUUCAGUCGUGCAGGCAAGAAAUAAUGCUCGUAUUCUGAUCUCUGGCUCAUUGAAAAUGUUCAGUGACCGAUAUAUACGUUCAGGAGUGCAGAAGGCUGGGAGCUCGACAAGAUAUGACAAAUCUGGUAAUGAGCAGUUUGUGACUGAGCUUACCAAAUGGAUCUUCCACGAAAGAGGUUAUCUCAAGGCUGUAAAUGUAAGACACAACAAGGUUGGACUAACAGAUGAACCUUCAAUGUAUACUGUCACCGACAACCUGGAGUAUUCUGUUGAAAUUUACGAAUGGUCUGGAGUGAACUGGGAACCUUAUGUAGCUGAUGAUGUUCAAUUACAAUUCUUUAUGAUGAGCCCUUAUGUGCUAAAGACAUUAUCAACUAAUAAGAAGGGUCUUUAUCAUACUUCAUUCAAGGUGCCAGAUGUAUAUGGUGUUUUCCAGUUCAAAGUUGAGUACCAGAGGCUUGGAUACACAAGCUUGUCUCUAUCAAAGCAGAUCCCUGUACGACCUUACAGACACAAUGAAUUCGAAAGAUUUAUAGCUGCAGCAUAUCCCUAUUAUGGAGCAUGCUUUUCAAUGAUGGCUGGCUUCUUCGCCUUGACACUAGUUCAUCUAUAUAGCAAGUAGAGAGGGUAAUUAUCGUCAUUUAUCCGAUUGAAAUCUCAUUUGUAGUCUAAAGUAAUCACAAUUUUGUUAGUUGACCAUCAUCAUGCAUGGAGGAUUUUGUUGUAGAGAACAAUUGUCCUUUGUUUUAUUAAGAUACACAUGAAAGAAAAUUGUGACUAUGCAAUAAUGCCAAUGCAUUAUUCAUAGAGCUAAUUUGCUAGAAUUACCUCCCUAAAUUUAUUUCUUGUUAUAUAUGAGCUUUAAUUUGUA